AGAAAAACGAUUUUUUUUUGCGUACCACUGCACCCUCGCACUAUUAUCCGCGUGAAUGCAUGUCGUGGCAUUUCAAGCAUUUCUGUUGCGAGCCACCCACCCCUACAGCCCUCUUCGCGUUUUUGCCUUCCCACACUCUUGCCCCUCAAUUUCGUCGCCCAGCCUUUCACCUCAUUCCCUUGCCGUCCCUUCUUCCUUCGUCAUGGGUAAAGAUGAAAUCAUCGACACCACUCCCUCGCGCCCGCUGGCGAAGCGCCCGGAGCUCACGGAGGAGGCAAAGGUAGAAAUCCGCGAAGCGUUUGAGCUGUUUGAUUCGUCUGGUAGUGGCAUGGUCGCACGGCGUGAACUCAAGGUCAUGAUGCGCGCACUGGACUUCACACCGCGCAAGGAGCAGCUAUCUCGUGUCUUGUUGCAAUCAGGGAUUGCAGUCAAAGCGUACCAGAUAUCCUACCCUGAUUUUGAAAACCUCAUUUUCCAACUCAUGAAUGAACGAGACAUCCAGGAAGAGAUGAUGAAGGCCUUUGAACUGUUCGAUGUCGACAAGACGGGCAAGAUCUCGGCGGAAAAUUUGCGCACUGUCGCUGACCAACUCGGGGAGAAGAUGACGGACGAGGAGCUGGCGGAAAUGAUUAGGGAGGCCGAUAUGGAUAAGGAUGGCGCGGUCAGCGAUACCGAGUUCAUACGCAUAAUGAAGAAAACAGACCUCUGGUGAUGCUCGCUUCUGCUAUUUGUACAUUGGAAACCCAUCUUGUUCAGUGCCUCCAAGCCAUACCAUGCUUUGCUCUAGUCGUUGCGCCAAUCUGCUGCAGCCCCACACCAUCUUUGCUAGCGCUUGCAAACUGUGCCUGGCGGCAAAGUCUGUAGUCGCUUCUUGGUGGCUACGUUCGUCGUCACUCUCCUUUUGCUUGCAUCCCGCCGUUUGGCAAAAACUGUGCCUUUUUGCCGCGACUAAAUUUAUCUUGAAUUAAACUCUCCACCAACGACCCAGUUCAUUCAAAUCGUUGCAACUUUCUCUCCACGCUUGUCCGGAUGCCCAUUGUAUAACCACCAGACAUCAUCCGCAAUCCAUCAUGCUGCGUCGGAAACCUACUCGUCAACCGCUUACUCAAACAGACACUGCCGAGCUCGACCGGAUCCGCCGCGAGUGGCGCGAAAAGGCGGAAGCGGACGUCAUGAAGGACGAGCCGGCCGUCGUGACCGAGAGCACGAUGCGUCAGAAGGCAGUGGAGGGAUCGACUGUCAGCGACCGUCUCGGCCUCCCUCGUCGAAGUCCGGGACAGUAAUCGCUACAACGGUUCGAAGAUAUCUCGUUCCCGCGUCAUUUCGCCCACGUAGAAGUCCAGCGCCGCUUCCGAACUCACCAUGCCGCGCGUGAGUCGCCCGCCCGCCGAGUCGCAGGGCGGCUCACUGCAGUUGUGCACCACGGCCGCGUGGACUCGCACUUCGAUUCCCCCGUUGUUGAGAAUGCCGGACAGGCCCUCGACGUGGUACGGACCUUGCUCGGCCGGCAUGUGGAGAGUCUCUUCUUCCCCGCUCUCGUUGACGUUGACGAUAUCGGCCUCCCCCAACUUGCCGGUCGCGGAGAAAAUAAAGCACUUGCCCACAGUUCUUCGCUUGAGAAA